GAAUCGGCCCAGUUGAGGUUAACAUUUUACAAGGGUGUUUUUGUUCGGUGGGAGGGCAGAAGGAGAGUUCCCAUGUUUCGUUUUGUUGCCUUUCAUUUCCCCUCCAAUCAGAGGUGAGGGUGCGUUUUAAAAGCCGUUUCCCUUUCUCUAUUUCACUGCAAAAACAAUGAAACCCUUUGAAGGGAGAGAAAUUUGAAGACAGACAGGCGGGACAAUCCUCAGUUCCUUCCCCUGUGUUCUUUUAUACUUCAGUGCCUGUGACACAUAGCUUGAUUUCACUAUUUUGUCAACUUCAAAGCAACAACGAUUUAUAUUGAAUCUCUUAGCCGCCCCCCAAAAAAUGGAAGGGCAAAAACAUUUUGGGGGAGAAAUGACUUAUUCGUUCGUUGACUUAUGGAGGAUUUAAAUAGCAUAUUGUAAAAUUUGUUUAGAAACGCUGUGGGUUACCGACAGUCGUGAACCGUAGCCUAUUGCCAAGCAAGAGAAGUUAAUGCAAGCCAAUUGCCGUCUGCCGACUUGCUUGACCAUUGGGAAAUUACCCGACGUGGAUGAUCCGUUGUAUUCAAGGAAAGACGCCUCUACGAAUUGGAAAUCAAUUUUACCUACAGUUCUGAAAACUCAUCACGCAGCAGGGGUCGUUUAUUAUUUAUUGAAUUUUUUUGUAAAGCAAUGGUGGGCAGACUAAACUUGCUGAAUGUAUGUGACGACGAGCCAUUGGACAUGAGCUGCAAAGCCGAGCGGGGACUUGACAGCCCGGACUCCGGAUUACCACCCAGCCCCAGUCCGAGCCACUGGCUGCUGCCUGACUGUGGGGAUAAAGGUGCCAUAAGCCCGGUGUCUGAAGACGAGAGGAGAGGGUCGUACUUGGUACGUAGGCUGUCGCACGUUUUACUACUAUUGUUACAAUUUCAUAACGGGAUGUUAGCCUUUACUGUAAGGCAAAGUUAAAACAUUGUUAACGAAAUAUUUAGCCUCUGAAUACGUUUUCCUGCAUGGCCCAUUGUGAAUCUGGGUCAUGUCAAUAGUAAAUUGGGUCAGUAGCCCAAGCCAAUCACGUUCGCCACCUCCACCAAAUAUUGUCUCCUUAUGUGAGUGCUGACUGUGUCGGCUGACUUUGCUUGCAGGUUCCAAUUUUAUCGAUUGGAUCUGUUCCUCAGCUGCACACGUUGUCCUACGGGGAGGGCAUAGAACUUGAUCCACUACCGCCAAAGGAAAUACGGUAUGCUGUUUUAAAUGACUGCAUUUAGGCUGUGAAUGUUUGUGUGGUUUGAAAUUGGCUUAGCACUGUCCACUGUGUGCUGCAUAUGCCUCACUAUUGGUAUAAAUACCAUUAAAGAAAUGUGGUGGACCACAGAUCAAAUGUAGUAGUUACUUUUUAUUAUUUUUAUUUUUAUUUUUUUACUUCUGUCAGCCUGUGUGUAGUCAGCCUGUGCCUCCUGUAGCCAAGUGUCUAUUUCUUGGAGGUUUGCAGUGCUUGAAGCCUUGCCACAUUCCAGUCCUAAAACGAUAUCUAGCUGAACAUGUAGUGAAAUGACACUUGCCCAAACGUUGUCAUUCCUAGAUACACAUCGUCUGUCCACUAUGAUUCAGAGCGUCACUUUAUCCACGACGUGGCCAUGCAGCCUAGAGGCCUGGGUCUGGAGCACUGCAGCCAGACGGUCCUGGCUGUCCCUCACAGCACCUGGAGACACUACAAGACCCAGCUAGACCUCCAGCCUCGCCAGCGGGCCCAGCGCUUCCAGAGCACCACCAUCGUCUACCCCAAGCACGCUCGCACCAUCUACACCACAGAGCUGAGCUACGACAGCCGCCGGCUAUCCAGGAGAUUCUUGUCGAGCGUGGAGCUGGAAGCUGCUGACCGGAGUAGGCUACCCCAGUGAGGUUAGGGGAAGGCUGGGCACGGCCUGAGGGAGGGGUCCCUGGGGCCCAACCAUCCACCAGGCUGACACCAACCCAUGGACCCAGGUUACACAGUCUAUUAGUUUAGAUUGGAAAGCAUCGUAGCCCACGGAGUUGUCAAAUUACUGUCUAUGACUGGGCUUUAAAAUGUCUCGUCAAAUCACGGUAUUAUGGGGUAUUUGUUGCACAACGUUACAUACCACAAGCAGAAUAUAUUAGCCUGGAUAGUGUAACACUGAGCCAUGUAUAGAGAUGUAUGAUCCUGGUGUAACACCAAACCCCAACUUAGUCUUGCCUAAACAAACAUUGUCAUCUACUGUAAGUAUGGUCCAUGGAGCAGAAAGCCACAGCUUUUUUCAUAUUGUGUAAAAGAGUUGCAAAUUACAGCAAGUUCUGUGUUGAACGUUGGGACAUGUUUUCCACAGAUCAUUGCGAAUUGAGGAAAUUGGUAUUAGUUGGUAAUGAGUAGCGAGAGAUGAUCCAAUGUGUCAUUAUUGUUUUCAGUUAUAAAGUUUUAGCAUUUUCCUGAUAGUGAAGUCUUGUUUUUACUAACACCUCAUGGACUGUCCAUCAAUGGUUCAUUAUCGUCGCCUAUCCUCUUCUGGUUGCUUCUAGAGGUUUCAUUUUGUUAUGUAUUUAUUUGAUGCUCAUCAACUCCUUUUGGUAGCCUAUUAGUAAUACACAGGUAUCUUCCAAUAAUACACAUCUAGAGGACCUGAACUGUCUUGAGAUACCCAAAGUGCCUUAUUGAAGUAAAAUGAUAUUGCUUUUAAAGCUCUGUUUUUAUAGUGUCUGUUUGAAAUAAAGACAAACUGUCUUAUAUCAG